AUGUCGAAGCUGGGCGAGAUACCAAAGCCAAUGAUGCCCGCUGCAGCUGCCAAUGCACCGCUGCUGUCAAGUCAGCCUGCAAUCACGGAAGAUAGACCGCUACCUGGUCAGAACCAGAUUAUGCCUCCUCCUAUAUCUGGUCCUCCUGCGCCUGAUUAUGCCCCGUCUGGACCACCUAGUCCUCCCCGGCCUGGAUCUGAAGCGCUGGGGCCUCCUCCACCAGCUGCUGCAGCGCCUCCUCCAGCGCUACCUCCGCCGCCGCCUCCAGCAUCGCCAGUAAUAACAAGCUCAUCGGCCAGUCUCUCGACUACCUCAACGUUGAUCACGAUAACAGCUUCAAUUCCUUCGUCGGCAACAACAUUGACGCAGACCCCUACGUCAGCCUCUUCCGGUUCUUUGUCUCCGCCAACGGUCACUUCCUUCGUCACCAUUACAAGAUCAGAAGAAGGCAAGGAGAACUCUCCACCUACACUAGCACUGUCAAGCAUCACCAUUGCCACAUCAACCGCAACGCCACAAGCCAUUGCUGUUGUGCAAUCCCUCCCAGUAAUCAUCUCAUCGGCUACUGCCAUUGCCGUAGCGUCCUCCACCUCAACGGCUGCAGCCAGCUCUCAGGAUGGCAGUAUUCUGCAUCCAGCUAUGCGAACUCUGCUGAUCGUGCUCGUCAUCCUCGGUGUACUUUCAGUCGUCGUUGCCAUCAUCGUACUUAUGAUGAUCAGGUCCCACCGGAAACGUCGCGUCCAGCAGCAAAACACACGUAGCCAAAACCCGUCUGAUGUUCCGAGCAACUGUAUCGGCGUGACGACUCAUAUCUCCGCGGAUCCCAACGACAACCCUUUCUUGACAGCAAGCGAAAAGGCUAUUAUUGAUACAGCUUCUUCAGACGGUGCUUCAGAGAAGAACGUAAAAAAUUCAUCCAAGUUCUCGGACGCAGUCAACUCGUUCAUCGAGAAGUCGCGCAGUCUGACGUACAAAAUCUCGCCUUGA